AUGCCGAGCGAGCUGAACAUUGUCGUGGCCGGUGGCGGUCUUGGAAUUGGCUUCCAGACCGUGACAUAUCUCUUGCAGCACACAGCGGCUAAUUUGGUCGUCUUGGACGUCGAAAUUUCGCAAUUGACUGUGCUACAACGGGAGUACCCAGAUCGGUUGUGGGCCAUCGCCGGCGACAUCACCAACAGAGGAGACCGGGAGAAAUUUAGAGAGCUCGCUCUCCAAAAGCUGCAGACAAUCACCUCGUUGGUUAUCACCGCCGGCGUGAUUGGCGAGAUUGAGCGGAUCGCAAGAUUUAGCCCUGAUCGCCUCUUGAAGACCUUUAAUACUAAUUUGAUCGGUCCUAUCUUGCUGUGCCAAUCCCUAUUGGGAGAGCUCCGGAAAACAAAAGGACGAGCGAUCAUUUUGUCCUCGGCUGUGGAUAAGGACAUCAAAUACGCCGGUUGGGCCCAAUACUGCGUAUCCAAAGCAGCAUUGACUAGAGCCAUCGAGCUCCUGGCACAUGAAGAGCCCACCAUCAAUGUACUGGGCGUGUAUCCGGGAUUAACCCGGACUGGCAUGCCGGCCGACAUCAUCGCAGGGAAAUACAAGGGGACCAUGUACGACUUUGAAGUCGAGAAGUUUCGCAAUUGGGAUGAGACUGGAGAGAUUGAGCCUCCAGAAUGGUGUGCGAACGCAGUGGCCCAGUUGGCGGCAGGAGUCGUCGUGGGACUCCCUAGUGGGCAUGUGGACUACUAUUAUGAACAUGUUCCUCGCUGUUCGGUUAUUACAGGAGACGUUCAGCCAGUGACGGGCACUUUAUCAUGGUGCAAGCAGGAGAAAGGCCCCAUUUACUACGGUGGACCGAGAACUAGCCGGACACUUGUAUCCGCCGCCGGCUGUCCUGUAUCGCGCUAUUCCGACAUCCAAAAGCCGGAGAAACGCACGGCCCCAAAGGAUCAUGGAGUUAAAAUAAUACACGUCCUAUUAUUGCCUCUCAAGACAAGAACGCUACCACCAGGUGAUUACGCUACGAAAGUCAUCAUGCUCGAAGUGACUUGUAAAGGCACUCCCUACGAAAUCGGGUUCACACAUGGUUCGCAGGCCAAGAAACAAGUACGAGGCAGUAUUGCAUUCUACGACACACUCUUCCAGUCCUCAGCACAGCUACAAUGGCCUGAGGUGCGCACGAAAGCAGACCAGUUCCUCGGCCAUGCCGAAACCAACUACCCGCGUUACUACGAAGAGAUGAAAGGCAUCGCCGACGGGGCAGAAGUUCCCUUGGUUGACAUCAUGGCUCUCAAUGCUCGCAGCGAGAUCACAUUUGGACUGUUUGUGGAGACAAAGAAACAAGUCGACAGCGAUGGAUGUACCUCGAUGGCGUUUAAGAUGGCGCAGACUACUUUCAUCAGCCAGAACUGGGACUGGAUGCAGGAACAAAAGCCUAAUCUAAUUAUCUGUCGCGUCUCCCAGACCGGAACGGACCUGCCAGAUUUCCAGAUGGUCACUGAGGCUGGCAUCAUUGGAAAGAUUGGCUUCAACAACGCCGGUGUGGGCUGCUGCUUCAACGCCAUUCGCGCGAGAGGGAUGGACCCGACGCGCAUGCCGAUUCAUUUUGGGCUGCGCACUGUCCUGGAAUCUCGAUCGAAGGAGCAGGCCAUUGCGACGCUCAAAGAGCACGGAGUUGCAGGGAGCGCCCAUUUGCUGAUUGGAGACAAGAAUGGUGCCGUUGGCCUCGAGUGCUCACACGUGGGGUUCCAAGAGAUCCAUGCCGAUGACCGGGGACGUGUAUGCCAUGCGAACAAUUAUAUCGCACAACACGAAAAUGUGUAUGAACCCGUGUGGCUCCAAGACUCGCCGGUCCGGACGGCGCGGAUGCGCGAGCUGGUCACUCCUGAAGUGAUGAAGCAGCCCAAUUUCUCGUCCAUCCGAGAACUAUACAAGGACGAAACGGGACUACCCUGUGCCAUAAACCGUAAACAAGAAGGUAUCAGCCGCAGUGCUACCUUGUUCAACGUCGUGUUCGACUUGGGGUCCAAGGAGGGGAUUGUAACUAUCGGGAGACCUACAGAGCCGGAGGAGGAGAUCAAAUUUGCGUUUAAUUAA